UAGAAGUUUUACAUUUCUAUGUUCUAAAAAUUCGCGCCAAAUUCUUCACCAAUUCAACAACAACAAACAACAUCAACAACUUACAAAUUUGCUGGCCUUUCCAGUUUUUUUUGAAAUAUUCUGUAGGCAGAAGCGUUAGACUAGACAUGGAUGAAAAUGAUCUGCCGUACUUGGCCGAGUAUGCAAAAAGCAGUCGAGCAUCGUGCAAAUUAUGUAUGAGCCACAUUGAAAAAGAUUCGCUGCGAAUUGCAUUGAUGGUACAGUCUCGUCAUUUUGACGGAAAGCAACCGAACUGGCACCAUUAUACAUGUUUCUUUGGGCGUUGUCGCCCAAAAUUUGUCGAUGAGAUCUCAAAGUUUCACAAUCUACGUUGGGAUGACCAGGAAAAGAUUCGUGCGCAAAUUGAGAGAGGCGGGGGCGGAGGACCCUCGAAAAAGUCCUCCAAGAAAACUCUACAGGAUUUUGUUGUGCAGUAUGCUCUCUCUAACAGGAGCACUUGCAAAAAGUGCGAAGAAAAAAUUGAAAAAGACGAAAUCCGAAUCUCACACAAAGAAAUCGAUCCAGAGAAGCCGCAAGUGGGUUUGAUUGACAGGUGGCACCAUGUUGGUUGUUUCAUUAAAUCUCGGAAAGAUUUGGGUUGGAUUGAUGGCCAGUUUACCUCAGAUAUGCUAAAGGGGUUCAAAGGUUUGGAUUCAGAAGACAGAGCAACAAUUUCGAAACAUCUUGAUAAAAAAAAAAAAGGUAAAAAGAAAACGAAGAUCGUCAAAGAAGAAGAAGAGAAUGAUGAGAACUUGGAUGCGAUGAACAAGUUGCUGCGAGAUCAGAGCGCAAAGUUGUGGAAGAUGAUUGAUCAUCUAAAAAACAUGGAUUUAAAGAAGAAAGAAUUAGUCGAGAUUUUGGAGGAAAACUCUCAGAAGGUUCCUAAGGGUUUGGACAAAAUAUUCGAGCGAGUAGCAGAUGGGAUGUUAUUUGGUCGUCUGCCACUUUGUACAUUAUGCGGGGACGGACAGCUCGUUGCCAGUUCUCGUGGUUUUUAUCAAUGUGUUGGAAAUAUAUCAGGAUGGACGAGUUGUACGAACACAACGUUGGAUGUGAAAAGGUCACCGUGGAUUAUUCCUCAAGACUUACAUGAAGACUUUCCGUACCUGAAAAAAUACAAAUAUAAACCAACGGUUCGUAUUUUUCCGCCAAGACCCAAACCCAAACCUCUGAAAGACAAAAAAGUUGUUAUAAUUGGAAAACUUUCAAAACCAAGAGAUGAACUGAAACAAUUAGUUGAAAACCUUGGAGGUUCUGUUACAACAUCGCUUAACAAAGCUUACUGUUGUGUAACAAAUCAAGCUGAAGUGGAAACUACAAAUAAAAGAAUAAAAUCUGCCGAAAUCCAAGAUGUUUUCUGCGUUUCCGAAGAGUUUUUAGAUUGUUGCAAAGAUUUGUCCACCCCUCUCAACUCCUUGCUUCCAUUUCUUAAGAAAUAUUCUUUAUGUCCCUGGGGGUCCGAGAGACUUAACAAUGCUGCUUUGAAGCGAUCUAUGGCAGAAGAAAGCAGAAGUCUUUCAACAAAGAAACAAAAACUUGUCGUGAAAUCUGGAGCUGCUGUUGACCCAGAGUCCAAUCUUGAGGAUGAAACUGAGGUGUUACAACAUGAUGGUCGUUCAUACACGGCUACAUUAGCCAUGGUAGAUAUGAAGUCUGGAACAAAUUCCUAUUACAAGCUUCAGUUGCUUGCAGAUACUUCUGGAAGAAGUUGGCAUGUCUUUCGGUCAUGGGGUCGAGUUGGGACCAGCAUUGGUGGGACCAAAGUGGAAAAGUUUCGUACCUUGGAUAAUGCUUUGCAAAAUUUUAACGAAAUUUACACGGAAAAAACAGGCAAUGAUUUUGGUAGCAAAGAUUUUGUAAAGCAACCCCACAAGUUUUACCCCCUUGAGAUUGAUUAUGGUAUGGAUGAUGAAAAAAAGGUCCAGCAUUUGGACACUGCAGGAAAAUCUUCGAAAUUAAAACAAGAAGUCCAGGAUCUCGUUAAAAUGAUAUUUAACAUUGAAAGCAUGAAGAAGGCCAUGUUAGAGUUUGAGAUCGAUUUAAACAAAAUGCCACUCGGAAAACUCAGCAAACGUCAAAUGCAACAAGCUUAUUUGGUUCUUAAUGAAGUCAAUGAAUUAGUCACAGCUGGUGACCAUGGAAGUGGUAAAGUAUUGGAUUGUUCGAACCGUUUCUACACCCUCAUACCACACGACUAUGGAGUCCAUCAGCCACCCUUACUUGAUAACUUGGACAUCAUUAAAGCCAAGACUGAAAUGAUUGACAACCUGAUCGACAUAGAGGUCGCUUACAACUUGCUAACUACAACAACUGAAGAUACUCAAACUGAUCCAUUGGAUCUGAGUUAUGAAAAACUUCAAUGCGAUAUACUGCCAUUGGAUAAAGACAGCGAGGAAUUCAAAAUGGUUGAAAAAUACACUCAACUUACUCAUGCAAGCACACACAACCAGUACAAGUUGACCAUAGAGCAUCUGUUCAAGAUUAACAGAAAAGGUGAGUUGUCGAGAUUCCGUCCUUUCCAAUCACUACCAAACCACAAGUUACUAUGGCAUGGCUCGAGAAUGACAAACUAUGCUGGCAUUUUGUCCCAAGGCUUAAGGAUUGCUCCACCUGAAGCACCAGUGACUGGUUACAUGUUCGGCAAGGGGUUAUAUUUCGCCGAUAUGGUUUCCAAAAGCGCAAACUAUUGUUCAACCUCCUCAAGGAAUCCUAUCGGCCUCGCUUUACUUGCGGACGUUGCUCUUGGAAAUCCGUACGAGUUAAAGUACGCUAAAGAUGUACGUAAGCUUCCAAAAUCAAAACACAGCGUUAUCGGGUUGGGUAAGACAGUGCCUGACCCUUCUACACACAUUACUGUGGAUAGCAAUCUUGUGGUGCCUAUGGGUAAAGGUGUAGAGGCAGAUUUAGGUAAAGAUAAGGAGACCAGCUUACUAUACAACGAAUACAUCGUAUACGACGUUGCACAAGUCAACCUGAAGUACUUGGUGCAGUUCAAGUUUCAUUAUAACACUCUGUGGUGAUUUCAAGUAAUAUUUCUUUCCGUAAAUUUGCCAUCGUCAUCAGCGUUGGUAAAUAUUGACUCGAUGUCAACUGCGAUGGUGUUUCACACGAAGGACAAACUCGAUGCCAAGUUAAUGUGUUAACCAUUUCCUUUCAAUGCCGUUCUACCGUUGCCUGCUUUCUUGUUUAAAACAUCAAAGGCAAGAUUUCGCAAUUUUUCAUUCUCUUUUCCUUCCAGCACUGCCGAUAUUUCUUUGUAAAUAAAAAACACUUUUCAAAAUCUAGCGGUUUCUAAGUUAAUACUAGGAUUACUUUAUUUUAUUUUUUAUUUUUGCUACUUUUUAGCAAGUUGGUUACACUGUAUUUAUGGAUCGUUUAAGAGACACGGUGCUUUUAAUAGACAUCAGAUCCAAA